AGUCCAGUUUAUCAUCCAGCUGCACUCCCAGCUGUGUGACUAUGUCUAAGAACCUUCAACAGAAAUUCUUGAUUUUCCUCUUCCUUGUGCUGCUCGUUGCCCUUUGGGGUUUCAAUGACUUGCGAAGGGACUCCACAUUGUCAUACCUGGGCCAUAACCUCAGCCUUCUCUUCCUUAAUGAGACAAUCUCUUCCAUCAAAGGCACCAGGCAUCUUAAAGUAUCUGCUUACUUGGAUGAAAGGAAAGAAAAGGGAACUGUUCGGAUCAUCACCAUGUUUUACAGACCAGAGCCACACGAUCUUCAGUGCAUUUUUAACUGCAACAAGGGCGUCUUGUUCACCAGCCCAGCUCAGGUAAAGCAGCACAGUGACAACUUUGGCUUCCCAUUUGUAACCGCGGAUGUUUUUUGUAAAACACCUUACAAUUGUAAGGCCACACAUGUUGGCCUUCAAACAAAAGAGUCUGUGCAGAAUAAUGUCGGCAUGAUGCCCAUUCAAAACCUGCAGCAGCGUAACGACGGCUUUGAGCGAGACUUGACCGUCUGUAUCUCCAAUCUCUUUGGGGACUACAACAAUGUCUUGCAGUUCAUCCAGACCAUGGAGGUGUACAAGAUACUGGGGAUUGGGAGAGUAGUGAUCUACAACACCAGCUGCAGCCACAUGCUGGAGAAGGUCCUGCAGUACUAUGUAAAUGAGGGCACUUUGGAGGUGAUCCCUUGGCCGAUCUCUCACUUCCUCAAUCCUUCACAUGGCUGGAGGUUUGAAGAGCACGGUGGGGACAUUCACUACUUCGGCCAGCUCACGACUCUCAAUGACUGCAUUUAUCGCAACAUGUACAAAUCCAGGUUCCUGCUUCUUAAUGACAUUGAUGAGAUCAUUGCUCCUUACCAGCACACAAAUCUGAACCUGAUGAUGGAUGAGUUGGAGAAGGAACAGCCUGACACGGGCGUAUUCCUAGUAGAGAACCACAUCUAUCCAUUUAACGUGUUUGAUGAUAGUGGAAGGUUCAAUCUAUCACUGUGGAGGCAAGUACCAGGAAUAAAUAUCAUGGAACACAUCCACAGGGAGCCAGACCGCAAACACAUCGUGAAUCCCACCAAGAUCAUAGUUAACCCCCGUUAUGUGGAGCAGACGUCGGUGCACUCCAUUCUGAAGAGCUUUGGAAACCAAUACAGGGUGCCUUUUGAUGUCUGCAGGAUUGUACACGUGCGGGUGCCUUUACAGGGACAUCUGUCCAAAGAGGAGCUAAUUGUGGACACCAAACUGUGGGAAUAUCAUAAGGAGUUGGUACCAAAGGUCAAUAAAGUCAUUCGAGAAAGUGGCAUUUUGAGCUGAGGGCUUUGCUAAUUUCAUUCGAGAAAGUGGCAUUUUGAGCUGAUGGCUUUGCUAAUUUCAUUUAAGAGGACGGCCUUCUAAACGUGAAAAGUAAACUACCACUUGAAGAGGAAGUCAUACAGGUCACGGGGUCAGGCCAAAUGCUGCACAGGCAUGUGUUCAUGUCUUGGAACACCGUCCAUGAAACACCAGCUUUGAAAUCCCACCACAGAAACUGAGGACUCGCAUGUGUUCUUGCAGACUGUUCAGUCAUAAUGGUGUGGAUCCCAUAGAGUUCCGCUUUAGCAGCCCUGGUCUGUCUCUACUAUACUUCUUCCCUCCUUGCUUCCUUCAUCAAUGUCUUCUACUCAACAGAUACUGUGAUGAAAACCAGGGAAACGUUUUCCAACAGUUCAUGUCCAAACUGAUGAAUGUAAUUAAAUUGACUUGUAUACAUGGAAA